UAUGGCGUCCGUUAAAUAUCUAAGUGCGUUCCAUAACCAACAGACAUUCCCACAGGGCUGAUAAUGGACCAGCCGCCGCUUCUACAUUAGAAGCUGCUCUGAGAUGGAGCAAUGGUUUGAGUGAACUGGUUUGACCUUAAUUAUAAUAGAUUUGUUUGUUUGUUUUAUUUAUUGUAACCUGGGCGGUGUCAUUACCGACUCGCUUACUUGUCUCAGCAAUUCACGGAUCUGGCAACCCACGCAUUGACAGAGCGAGGGGCGAUGCGGAUAGAGAGAGUCAUAUAGACAAACCGAACAACGCGAAUAAGAAGCAAAAACAAAAAACAAAAACAAAAAAAGGAAAGCAAAGAAAAGAUGGCCAGUCAAUCACAAGGCAUCCAGCAGCUUCUCCAGGCUGAGAAAAGAGCUGCCGAGAAGGUUGCAGAAGCGAGGAAACGGAAAACACGGCGUCUGAGGCAGGCGAAGGAGGAGGCGCAGGCUGAGAUUGAGCAGUACAGGAUUGGCAGGGAGAGAGAGUUCCAGCACAAACAACACGCGUCUCUGGGCUCCCAGGGGAACCUCUCCACAGAGGUGGAUCAGCAGACCAGGAAGAAAAUCCAGAGCAUGCAAGCAAACUACCAGAGCAACCGGGAGAGAGUGCUGAGAACACUGCUGAGCCUGGUGUGUGACAUCAAGCCUGAGAUCCACCAGAACUACCGCAGCACUGCCUAGAGAGAGGAGAGGGGAGAGGGGAGAGAGUGGAGGGGAGAGGAGGAGAUGGGAGAGGAGGGGAGAGGGGAGAGGGGAGAGAGUGGAGGGGAGAGGGGAGAGGGGAGAGGAGCAGAUGGGAGAGGAGGAGAGAGGGGAGAGGGAAGGGGAGCCUGGUGUGUGACAUCAAGUCUGAGAUCCACCAGAACUACCGCAUCACUGCCUAGAGAGGGGAGAGGGGAGAGGAGGAGAGAGGAGAGAGGGAAGGGGAGCCUGGUGUGUGACAUCAAACCACACAUCCAUCAGAACUACCAGAUCACUGCCUAGAGAGAAGAGAGGAGGAGAGUGGAGAGGGGAGAUAGAGGAGACCGGGGAGGUGAAGAAAGAGGUGGUGGAGGUGAGGAGAGGGGACCACACUUGUCAAGCAGUGAUGUGUCAAUUCACAUAUCCAUCUGAACUAAAUCCACUGGAUAUGUCGCAUGUGCAUGGCUAGUUGUACUGUGUAUGUGCAGAUAUAUAAAACACACACACAGAUAAGUGUGUUAAAAUGAGUGCUAGCCAAUACUUUCAAAUCCAAUUCUUUAACCUUGAAUAGCUAUAUUAAACAGUAAUUUGCUUUAGUGUCAUUUUUGUAGUUUUUUCACAUUCCUCGUGCUGAUGUGUUUGCUAUCAUUCUAAGUGGCUCUGGCUCUUGUAUUGUUAUCAUUUUCUCUGAAUCUGCCUUUGAGCUGCUUUGCGCUUGUCUGGAGAAUCCUAAAUGCUAGGAGUGAACAGCGUUCCUCGUUCCAUUCAAACCACGCUGACUUUUUAACUCUUCUAGCCCCGCCUGUCCUACAUACACACAGACAGAGAGAGUAGGUGGGGCUGACAGAGCUGGAAGGUCGCAUUGUCGCGUGAUUUGGAUUGAACGAGGACGGGUAAAGGUGAAAAAUGAUAGCAGCUCAAUAUGAGAGCAGCAGAACUGAGAACCACUCAUAAUGGUUGUAAAGUCCAUGCAAAGAGGCCGGUAGUGUAAAAAAAGCAAUUGAAAUGGCAGCUACUUAGCAGUCCCUCUGUAUUGUAUUUUGCUUCCUUCUUGUCUUCAUAACCCUUUCAUGUUAAUGUAUGUCGUUGGAAAUCAUGCCUGAACCCCACGAGACUCCUAGGUCCCAGUCUGAGGCAGUGUAGAGAUAGAUAUAUAUAUAUAUAUAUAUACAUACAUACAUACAGUAUAUAAGUGUCCUGUUCUCUUGUAUACACAAAGGAGUUCCUUCUUCAGCUCGACAAAAAUAAUUCAGGACUGAAAGGGUUAAGAUAUGCAAAUGUUUCAAAUCCAACAUUUAUAUAAAAACUGUUAGUACCUGUGCUGUAGGUCACAUGGAGUGACUACAGCACAGGAAGUGGUUAGGUACCAGGAAGCAGCAGCAACGUUUCUAGAGCAUUGUCUUUGAAAUAACUGCAUAUUCCGCAAUGAAGUAUCAAAUGCAAGAUGAGAACUUUAACUGAAGAAAAGUUGGGUAGGGUGAUGAUAAUGUGGUUACUGCUAACAAGAGUAAAGAAAUGGAUUUUGAAGCACUUCUUUGGUGUGUUCUGUGUGAUAAUUGUACUGUGCUGCACAUUCGUAUUGCUAACAACUGUCAUUUUCUGCAACAACUAAUAAAGUAUACUACCAGUGUU